AGCCAAUGUAUUCAACCAGACGUGGAUUGAUCAGAUCCAAGAAAUGUCGCCACCGACCGUUGAUAUAGCGAUGGAGGACCCCAGCCCUGCCCCUCUUUUCGAGGAAGCCAUAGAGACAAUCCAAAGCACUUUAUCGGAAGAAGAGCGCAGAGUCUUCUCACACUAUGCAGACACGGCUUCAAUGCUAGAGGAUAUGCGCUCACUGUGCUCGAGCCAAAAGGAGCACCAGAGGCUGCUAAAUUGCUCUCGAAAGAUUGGACUAUUCUCUCACGUUUUCGCGGCUUUCUUUGACACCAUCAGCAUUUAUGCCCAGCCAAGGCCAGACUGGCUUUGUUGGUUCUGGGGUUCCAUAGGGUUGGUGUUCAAGCUUGGGAGUAACUAUGUACUAUUCCUGGAGAAGAUCGCCGAUAUGUUCGAGUCAAUAGCGCAUGCGCUACCUCAGUACCAGCAAUUUCACGAUUCUUGCAGGCGCCAGUUCCAGGAAGUACGCCAUGACCAGAUGAUAACUCUGAUGUCCUAUGUUUAUGCAGACAUCAUUCAAUUUUGCCUAGAGCUGUAUCACAUGUUCUCGCGAGGAUCCCAAGGAGCACAAUCGCGGCAUCGCGCUGAGUUCCUCACCACAGUUUUAUGGCGGCCACUUGAUGCACGAUUUGCCCAGCUGCAAUUGCGCCUUGCAAAGCACAAACAAUGGUUCGAGACUGAAAUGGGAAUGUACGAGAACAUCGAGCUUCUCGCGCAACAUCGGAAAGAGCUUCUUGAUGUACAACACUUGUUGAAGACUCAUAGUGAAGCGAAUGGCGAGGUUGAAGCUGGGAGAAUGUUGAGGCGCUCAAAAAGAGUAGAUAGAGUCAGAACAUGGCUUUGGAGCAAUGAGUACCGCGACGUUUAUGAACAAAGCGUGCGCCAACGAGAUCCAAACUCCUGCUCCUGGUUUCUCAGUACACCCGAGUAUUGCAAGUGGAAGAACGCACCCUUCGACGAAAGAGUGGGAAACGACCUGGAUGCUUUGAGAGCUAGUUGGCCUGAUCGAGUCCUGUUUAUUCAAGCGCAACCGGGAUUUGGGAAGACAGUACUUUCCGGACAAAUCGUCGAUGAUCUAAGCACAGAGGCGGAAGACCUCAACAUAAGUGAUGAACCUCCAUCGACUGUUUUCUUCCAUUUCAACUCAAUACGUCCAAACUGCACAUCCUUCCACGAUGCCUUUCGAGCACUUGCAGACCAAUUGGUCCAGACGCACCGCCAUAAUCGCCCUACGUUAGAUGCCCUAGCACUUCUCAUGAGAAGCGCCUCUGGUCAACAGAAAGCCUCCACCGACGAUGUCGUCGCCGUUCUGGCACUCCUUCUACGGCAGCAUCCCACUUUCCUUGUAAUCGACGGAGUGGACGAAUGCUGCGACACCGAAAUGUUUCUCACGCUAAUUCAGGAAAUAUGUCGCAUCUCAGACUGCCGGGUCCUUCUUCUGAGCCGACCAAACAUCACUAUACCGUUGGAGUAUCAGAGAUGGGCUUCGGGCGCUCCCCAUGUUGUUUUGAUUAACGAAUCACACAACGCUGCCGAUAUUGAUACAUAUGUAAACACCAAUCUGAACCAGAUGGCCGAUCAAGGAUUCUUUGGCAUCGGUCUAGAUCGAACUUUAAUUACUCAGAUCGGUCGUCGAUCUAAGGGAAUGUUCCUGUGGGCUAACCUGCUUAUUAAGUAUCUACAAUCCCCAGGUCUUUCCCCCAACGAACGCCGAACCACAUUGGAAGAGGUUAGCCUGCUAGAAGGGCUUGAGCCGCUAUAUCGUGGGAUCCUGCGGGUGCUUGGUCAACGCUACGGGAAAGAGAAAGCGAUAUCUGUCGACAUCUUCCGCUGGUUAUCUUUGUCAAUAAAACCGCUCAAUACAGCUACGCUUCAUACCGCAUUAGCUAUCACGCCCGGUCAACCAACUACCGAAGAUCAAUAUUUGUUACACUUCACACAGUCGGUCUCGCGGCUGACUUGCGGCUUGGUGGAGGUGGCGGAUGGGAGCGUAAGCUUCAUACAUAGAUCCGUCAAAGAGUACCUGCAAUCCCCGGAAUGCCAAGAGCUGGGUUUUAGCUUGUACGAUGAGAGCGCGGUGCAUGCUCACCUUGCAGCACGCUGCAUCUCAUAUCUAGCCAACGAUGUUCCGAAGCGGCCCCUUCAACGACUCGAACCCUACACGCCUUCGGCCUCAAUUGCCAUAAGCAGCGGGAUAUCAUUCUGCACCUCUCGGACGAGCAGAUCAGCAGAUAGUGGAUAUAAAAGCAUGCCUACGUCUGAUACAGAAGGACUGGUAGAAAUGGACCGAGCUUCGCAGACUACGACUACGUUUGACUUCAACCUGCCUUUUCUUCGAUACGCAGCACUCUGCUGGCCCGUUCACCUCUACCGUGCCCUUGUGAAUCGGGUUCCCCGCUGUACCUCCCCUACUCUAUCAUCGACCGACCCAUUCUCGAAUACACCCUGGCUUCCUGCCCUCUCCCACUUUCUCACAGAGCGUGCAGCUGUCACUACUUGGGUGGAAGCCUCAUGGCGAUACAGUUUGCCGCCCAACUUGUCUCGUCUAGUUCCGCUCCUCAUCAACAUCAAAUCUGAAAUUCCUCCCGCAACGAUCGAAGGUAGAGAACUAAGAUGGGUGGUGCAUGGUCUCCGGCAGUUAAGCGACGCGCUCAAUGAGCUGAGAGGCGACUAUGGAUUCACACUCAGAGAUAACCCGAGCCUGGUCUGGCAAUGGAAUAUUCAGGCUGCUACCGAAGGAGGUUUUUGGCCCGUAUGGGAUGAGCGGAAGGGGUGUGUUCAUGGACUGGAAACUUGAGGUUGGCAUCGGAGGAGAUGCAUGGCACUUUGUGAGAAAACAUGGCUCAGUUUCUUUGGAAGUUUUAUAAAAGUUAGAUUUGGGAUGGUAUUUUGUAGCCGAGCAAAGUGUGAUUCUUUUCCAUAGUAUGGUGGAGUUUGCGUGGUUUGUGGUUUCUAUGAGGAUACCACCUGGGGGGAAAAUGUAUG